AAAACACAUGUGGGCAUGUUAUUGUUAUUGUGCACAAAAAUACUAUUCAAAUGGUAGUUACAAUUGAAGAUGAAACUCAAGGAACUUGAAAGCUAUUUGCAGCAGGUUGAUACGUUCGAUGAUCCUAAAGUUAUGCUAGAGCAAUAUGCAACCCAGCCGCACAUUGGUGCUUGUAUGCUUCAUACAAUUCAUAGUCGCUAUGGUGAUAUAGAAGAUAAACUGGUAGCUGAUCUUGGAUGUGGGUGUGGUGUAUUAAGUAUUGGAUGUCUCAUGUUGGAUGCAAAUUUGUGUAUAGGAUUUGAUAUUGAUGAAGAUUCAUUGGAAAUAUGCAGAAGGAAUUGUGAGGAAUUUGAGUUUACAAACAUGGAUAUGGUGCAGUGUGAUCUAUCUCAGUUAGUGGACUCUAAGAGAUGGAAAGACUGUUUUGAUACAGUUAUAAUGAAUCCACCAUUUGGGACAAAACAUAAAGCCACUUUGCUGAAUGGUUUACAUAUUUUCAAGAAAUCCAAAGAAUGGGGAAUACAGAUGGAAGUGGUAGCGGAGUUAAGAUUUGAUUUACCAGCAUCAUAUAAGUUUCACAAAUAUUCAACUCUGGAUAUACAAGUAGAUUUCAUCAGAUUUUCAUCACUGCUUGUCAAAAACAAAACUAAAUGA